UAAAAUUUUGUCGCCGUUUAUUCACGUCGAAUUGUUUGAUAAAAGUCGUUUCUUAUCUUCUCUUUUAUCACUGAUAUAAUAAUGAAUUGAUAAAAUAUGCAUUCCAAAUUGCAGAAGUCUUAGAAAUUUGUUAUAAGUUAUUGUAAUCAUUUAGGUGAUAAUUCAGUAUUAAAAAAAUGACAACUAUUAAAUUGCAAAAAGAAAUAUUGUUUACACGGCUACUGAUUUCGUAACUUAAGUUACAUUAAAAUAUUUUUAAUAAUCAUCUGAAAUUUAUUAUAUAUUUAAUUUUUUUUAGAAGUGAUAAAUUGAAACACAAUGUAUUUGACAGAAAGAAAACAUAAGCAUGAUUAUUUUUUGGGAAUUUGGGGUUUUCUUAUGCAUCUGAUUAUUUUAUGGGGGGCUAUGGAUGCAAAUUUUCAUUCUCCGAUCAUACAAGGUUUGCCGACGAUACCAGUUUCUGAAAAAGGCCCUGCAAAAAGAGUUUUACUUUUUGUAGCUGAUGGUAUGCGAUUUCGAACAUUUUGGGACCAUCUUCCCCCUUACUUAAGCAUGAAAUUAAAAAAUGAAGGCGUUUGGGGUAUAUCACAUGCUAGAAUGCCUACAGAAUCACGACCAGGCAACAUAGCAAUCGUGGCUGGACUCUAUGAAGAUCCAAGUGCGCUUUUUAAAGGCUGGAAAGAGAAUCCUGUCGAAUUUGAUUCUGUUUUUAAUCAAAGUUACAUGACUUGGGGAUGGGGAAGCCCUGAUAUCAUUUCCCUAUUUUCAAAAGGCAGCAACAGAAACUUUAUGGGUAAAAGUUAUCCUUCUAGUUGGCAAGACUUUGACACCUCUACUUCAACUAUAAGACUGGAUUCAUGGGUAUUUGAGCGCUUUCUACAAUGGCUUAAAUAUGAUGCAAAUGCAGUCAAAGAUCAGGACAACAUUAUUAUUUUCUUCCACCUCUUGGGCUGUGAUACGGCAGGUCACGCCAGUAAACCUCGCUCGAAAGAUUAUGUCCAGAACUUGAAGUACAUAGACUGGAGAAUACAGGAAAUUGUGCAAAAAACUGAGGAGGUUUUUGAACCGGGAACCACUGCCUAUUUAUUUACAUCAGAUCACGGAAUGACUGAUUGGGGUUCUCAUGGUAGUGGUUCCAAAGAUGAGACAGAAACACCCUUUGUUGCAUGGGGUGCUGGCAUCAGCAAUAAUUCAGAAAGGCAAGACAUUGAACAAGCAGAUAUUACUCCGUUCAUUUCGACCCUUUUAGGACAGUCAAUUCCUGUUAAUAAUGAAGGUGUUUUAAAUCUGAAGCUAUUAUCUCCUGAAAUAAAAGAAUACGGAGCUCGUGCCUUUCUCCGAAACAUAAAACAACUAGUUUUGCAAGUUAAAGCAAAUCGAGAACUUAGCCUUGGUAGCAAUGACAUUAGCACACAUUGGAGAGACGAAGAACUGCACAAAAGGAUUCAUCAAAUUGAAGCCCUAAUACGAGAAGGGAAAAUUCCGCAGAGUAUGGACGUGGCCGAAAAAACAGUUUUACUGGCUAAGGAGUCUUUGUACUAUUUUCGUCAGUAUCAGAGAAAUAGAUUCAUGUUAUAUUUGACUUUUAUGUGGUUCGGUUGGAUCGCUUUAUUGUUCCUGAAAGUUGCCGGAAAACCUCGACGGGACGAUCAGUCGUUCAAAUUAUAUCUACUGAAAUUAGGCUUCUUGGGCGUCAUUUUUAUUAUGUUUAUUGAAUAUAUAGUUUCAGGUUAUCGAGAUGCGCGUCUAUUAUUAUACGGAACUGUGGCGAUCUUUUCCAUGUGGCUGGCGAUACGAGAAGCAAUUGUUACUGCUCCUUUAUUGGAAAUACAAAAGUGUACUUCUCCUCAAGUCGGAGUGAUAAUGAUAAUGGUUCUUAUUGUAAUUAUGUUCGCUGGGCUGAUUUACAGAACGAUUUUCAGUUUUGCAAUGUGUUAUGCUGUCUUAUUGCAAAAAGUGUUAAUAAAAGAUAGUCAUCCGUGGCUGUUAUGGACAGGAUUUGUUUUGGCGAUAUUUCCAUCUCUGCCUGUUGUCGAACCACAACCGCGAAUUAUUAUUGUAUUUAUUAGCUUAUGUUUAGCUGGUGUCGCAUGUUGUAAAAGGAAAUCUCCAAAGAUACUAAAACUUCUAGAAGUUCUGCGCCUGAUAUUAACUGGUCUUGUGUGUAUGGAAUAUUUGGAGGGUCGUUCUUGGAUAUCUUGGACGAUAUUAAUAAGCACACCUAUCUGCAUUUGGGCAUAUUCUCUAGAUUCUAGACAAAGAAUUAUUGGCGCUGCUUUACACUUAUUGUGUCCUCUUGCCUUACUAUCUGCAUCUUAUGAGCCUGUUUUCUUUCUGACACUUGCUGGCCAUUUACUAUGUUGGCCACUUGCGAAAGAACAAAGAGAAUUAGAGGGCGACGAUAAACAUAUGAGCAUGCAAGAUCUUGCUAGGGCUGCUUCUCUGAUGUUGUACACGCUUCUCUGUUUCUUCGGUACGGGCAACAUGGCGAGUAUAAGCUCUUUUGAUCCAGGAUGGACAAGGCACUUCGUCACCAUUUUUUCUCCAUUCACGAUGAUGUUCCUUAUCUUAUUCAAGAUAAUGAUACCUUUAAUAUUAGUCGGCUGUGCAAGUCGGGCAUGUGCAUCCUCCACCGUAUUUUUAGGAGUGCUUCUACUGGGAGAUUGCUUGGCAUUGCCCCUGAUGUACGGGAUAACCAAUCAAGGAAGUUGGUUGGAUAUUGGCAGUGCAAUUAGUAGAUUUACGAUAGCUAUCACCUUACCUUGCCUACUCUUAAUUCUGUACUAUUUAGCGCAUCCACUAAUGACGGUGAAGAUUCCCGCAAGUUUCAAGAAUGCUAUUAAAAAGGCAUCGCUUAGAGUUUGACAUUUAAUCUUCGUUUGUCAGUGAAAAUUAGUAAUUACACAGAAAAAAAUUGACUUUUCAUUUUUAUUGUGAAUCAUUUUAUAGUGAGAAAAGUUGUAUUUUUUUCCUUCGUUAAAUUUUAGCAUGUGACUGUAAUUUUUGUGGCAGAUAGAGAGUAGUAUGGAAAUGGACGUAAUGAUUCCUUUUUUUCUGUGUAAAUAAAUGACAAAUGUAUUUGUAAAUUGAGAGGUAAAUAAUUUCUUAAAUAGAAUUAAUAUUUAUUAUCAAGGGCAAUAGUUCUUCUUGCUUGUAAGGGUUUAAAUUAUUGUCCUGUGUAACGACUUAUUCAAAGGAACAAAGAAUGCAUUUUGCUACUUAGUUACGAAUGUUAUACCCAUUUUUAAUAUAUCUAGUCAGUAUUACUAGUAAUUGUAAAAUUGAUAUCCCGUAAUGCCAAAACCGCCUUAUAUGAUAAAAACACUGGCAAUUUAUUUAAACAUUGUUCUUUAUGUAUUAGAUAAUUAAUAAAUUUGUACUCAAA